AUGAAGGCGCGGAAACGGCUCAAAGUGAGCGAAGAAGAGGGAAAGGCGCCUCAGACAGCAGCUGGGAAGCCUGGAAAGCAACAGAAAAGCCGGGUCCACCUGGAGCAUCUCCCCUGGAAGACGGUCUCGAUGCCGGACCAUCUCGAGGAUUACGAAGGCUUCUUUGGGCUAGAGGAAAUUGAGGAUGUGGAGGUUGUGAAGGAGGAUGGCAAAAUUUCCUUCAUGUCGACUUCCGAUGCUGGGAAACACUCCAAUCAAGCAAAUGGUGUCGCAGACGAGGAACCUGACGGAGACGAAUGGUCUGGCUUUGGUGAUGACGAUGGCGAUGGCGAAGCCCCUUCUCAGGCGCCCCCACAGCCGAAGAAGUCGCAAAAGUCGCAAAAGCGACAGCCUGAUCCCGCGAACGAGUCGCUGUCGUAUCGUGGAGCAUUUGAAAGCCUAUCCAGCGAGACUCCGGACGACAACCAAAAAGGAGAAUCAGACAUGACUGCAUGGCAGUCGCUCAACCUUGUGCCCGACACCCUCACCGCACUGUCCAAGCUGAACUUCACCCAACCCACUCCCAUCCAACGGGACGCGAUUCCUGAGAUCCUAGCUGGGCAUGAUGUCAUCGGCAAAGCUUCCACCGGCUCAGGCAAGACGCUUGCAUUCGGCAUUCCGAUUCUUGAGCGGUUCUUGGAACUUCGCAACUCGGCUGGGCAGCGCAAGGAGAAGACCCCGCUGGCGCUCAUCCUCUCGCCGACCCGUGAAUUGGCACACCAGCUAGAUAAGCAUCUCACGGCUUUGUGCAAUGGAGGUGCCUUUGAAGGCCCAUCAAUAGCGACUAUUACUGGAGGCCUGUCCCUUCAGAAGCAGCAGCGCUUGCUCAAGGGCGCCGAUAUUAUCAUCGGAACGCCGGGCAGGUUGUGGGAAAUUGCCUCGGUCGGACAGGGAAUCAUUGAAUCGCUCAAGAAGAUCGAGUUUCUAGUCAUUGAUGAAGCAGAUCGACUGCUGAGCCAAGGAAACUUCAAGGAGCUUGAGGAGAUCUUGAAUGCGUUAGAUCGCCAGGACGAGGACGAGGACGAAGCGAAAAUGUAUGACACCAACAAGUCACCUCGACAAACCCUCAUCUUCUCUGCGACCUUCGACAAGGGACUGCAACGGAAGCUUGCCACCAAGUCGACCAAAGGCGAUGCCCAGAAUCUACUCAGCAACCAGGAAUCAAUGGAAUACCUCCUCUCCCGGCUCAACUUCCGAGAAGAAACGCCGAAAUUCAUCGACGUCAACCCCAUCAACCCCCUCGUGACCGGCCUGAAAGAAUCCCUGGUGGAAUGCCCCGCAGGCACGGACAAAGACAUCUACCUCUACACCCUGCUCCUCCUCCUCUCCCACUCCAAAACUAGCGGCGCCAAAACACUCGUCUUUGCAAACUCCAUCAGCGCCGUCAAGCGCCUGACCCCUUUCCUCCAAAACCUCAACCUCCCCGCCCUAGCCCUGCACUCCGGCAUGGCGCAAAAAGCCCGCCUGCGCUCCGUCGAGCGCUUCACCACCACCAGCGGCAAUCAACCCUCUUGCUCCAUCCUCGUUGCCACCGACGUCGCCGCUCGCGGUCUCGACAUCCCCAAUGUCCAGACAGUCCUGCACUACCACCUCCCCCGCGCAGCAGACACGUACGUGCACCGCUCCGGCCGCACAGCACGCGCAGGCCAGCAAGGCUCGAGUAUCCUCAUCUGCGCCCCGGAAGAAGUAGCCGGAGUGCGCAGACUAAUAGCCAAAGUCCACACCAGCCAUUCCGCAACGAACAGCAGCGCAAAGACGAAAAAUUUCAUCCGCACCCUCGACUUGAACCGCAAAAUCGUGUCGCGUCUGCGUCCGCGCGCCGCGCUCGCGAAGCAGUUGGCCGACACGCAGAUUGCGAAGGAGAAGUCAAAUAAAGAGGAUGAGUUUAUGCGCGCUGCGGCGAAGGAGUUGGGCGUGGAUUACGAUUCCGAAUCGUUUGCGGCGGAAGAGGGGAAGGGGAAGCGGGGGCGUGGGGCUGGGAGGAAGAAGAAGGAGCGCGAGGCGAGCGGGUUGAGUAAGGCGGAGGUUGCUUCUUUGCGGGCAGAGUUGAACGGGUUGUUGAAGCAGAGGGUGAAUGUGGGGGUUAGUGAGAAGUAUCUUACUGGUGGGGGCGUGGAUGUUGAUGCGUUGUUAAGGCAGCGGGAGGAGCAUGGGACGAGUGAGGGGAGGGAGUUUUUGGGGUCGGUGCAGGGGUUGGAUUUGGAGGAGUUGUUGUGA